GUUUAUAAGGUAUAAGCAUUUCAAAAAAGUAAAGAGACGUGUAACAGGAGAGCUCGGGAUCUAAACCUAAACGGCGGCCGAUUCUAGUUUUUUGUUCGGCAGUUAUUCCUGACUUCGUCUGGUGGAGGAUUUUCCGGCGCAUGUGUUUGGUUUGAUUCAACGGAGGUUCAAUCUUUGUCACAUGUGGGCUUGGCCGUACAUGGUUUCUUCUUCCGCCAUCAAUUCCGCCAGACUAUUUUUCUUGUUAAGCGGAGGGUCAAAAAUGCUUGUUCUCCGGCGGCCUAAGGUUGUGCAGGGACAGAAUACAGAUGCUUGGUCUCUGGCGGCCAAAGAUCGUGGACGAAGCAUGGGGCUAGACGCCGGAACAAAUUUGGAUUCGAGGUCAUCUGUGAUAGGUGAUGACAGAAGAGGCUUGGUAGAGAACACGAUGAACAAAAAGCAAGGCGAGGAAGCAGCUACACUACCGCUGGAUCGUCCCCCUCGUGAACCACCGCCAUGAAGAGCAGGAGAGUCUACGAUUUGGAAGCAACAUUUUAAUUUUACUGUUUGCUUGCUAUUUACUUUUCAUGAUCAGACUAUUUAUUUUUUGUUGAUUACAUUUAUUGUUGUAAUACUCUUACAUUAGGAUUGGAUGAUGGGAGACCUGCUUUAACCAUCGUUGGCUCAUUUGCCCAUUAUAGGAUCAGCGAGUCAUUUUGCUUUUUUGAAAGUGAUUGACUCUAAGUCUGGUUCGAGAACUGAUGGUUGCUUGUGAGCCUUUUGUCAUUUUACCCCUUAUAUGAAUACCAUGAUAUCAAUUUAAG